AUGGCGCAUGAAGAGAUGUCGUCUGGAUCAUUUCCACUGGCUGAGCUGGUGAAGGACAACACUUGGGGGCACCCCGCAAAUGGGACAAGUGUGGAAGAAUUCAUCCUUCUUGGCUUCCCAGGCACGUGGCAUUCCCAGGUCUCCCUUGUGGUGGUAUUUGCACUUACAUACUCCCUGACAGUAAUAGGCAAUGCAUCCAUCAUAGCCCUCGUGUGGAUGAACAGCAACCUCCAGACCCCGAUGUACUUUUUCCUCUGUAAUCUCUCCUUUCUGGAGAUCUGGUACACUACAGGCGUUGUUCCCAAAGCUAUAGGAGUCAUGCUGGGGACUAGCCAGACCAUCUCCUUCAGUCUCUGCAUCCUCCAGUUGUUCUUUAUUCUCUCCCUAGGCUCCACUGAGUGUUUUCUCCUGUCUGUCAUGGCCUAUGACCGCUACUUAGCCAUAUGCUACCCCCUGAGAUACAGCUCCCUCAUGAGCAGCAUCUUCUCUGCUCGGCUGGCACUCAGCUCCUGGCUGGGAGGCUUUCUGGCCAUCUCGCUGCUGGCCUUUAUGACAUCCAGGCUGACAUUCUGUGGGCCAGAUGUCAUCAAUCAUUUCCUUUGUGAUAUAGAUUCCUGCCUUGCCCUCUCCUGCAGUGACACAGGGCAUGUUGAGCUGGCAACUUUCCUUGUCUCCAUAAUUGUUGUGGUGGCCUCCUGUGUGGUCACCCUGGUCUCCUACAUAUACAUCAUCUCUUCCAUCCUGAAGAUCAGGUCAGCCCAUGGCCGGAAAAAGGCCUUUUCCACUUGCUCUGCCCAUCUCAGUGUCGUCACAAUCUGGGUGCCUCUGGUCCUGCGGCAGUGAAGGGCAGGUAUAAAAGGCAGCCCAAGUCCCUGCUCUCUCAUGCCCUUCUCUUGGCUCCUUCUGCUUGGGAACCAGGUGCACCUCCACCCUAGAGACAUGUCCUGCUACGACCAGUGCCUGCCAUGCCGGCCCUGCGGCCCGACCCCGCUGGCCAACAGCUGCAAUGAGCCCUGUGUCAGGCAGUGCCAGGACUCCACCGUGGCCAUCCAGCCCUCCGCCGUGGUGGUGACCCUGCCCGGCCCCAUCCUCAGCUCCUUCCCACAGAACACCGUGGUGGGCUCCUCCACCUCCGCUGCUGUUGGCCGCAUCCUCAGCUGUGACGGAGUGCCCAUCAACUCUGGGGGCUUUGACCUCUCCUGCAUUACCAGCCUGCCUGUUCCCUCCUGA